AUGAGUGAGGUAGCAGGACCUGGUACGGGAUGUUCUCGACAUACCGGAGGAUCUAGAUCAUCUAUUAAGCACUUUCACACACUGCGGGAAACACUUCAAAAAGAGCCUGAUCUGUUUGAGUGCUUUAAGCAUACGGACCAAAAGAAAGAUGGUACGUUCGUUGAUGAGAGGUCAAAGAGAAUCGCUGACGAAAUACAAAUACGACGUGAUGCUACAAUGCAAGAGGCGGAAGGGUCAACUGAGCUACCAGUUAUAGACAUGUCACAGAUGUAUGUGGAUGUUGUUGGUGGGGUAAAAAAACAGCGUAUCUAUGGCUUAGGGUCCAAGUCAUUAUCUACAUUUAUCAGCAGGAAUAGUUGUAGUUCAUCUGCUACUUCACAAUUUCAACAAGAGGCAAUGAAGGAUAUGGUGAACCAACAGUUAGAUACCAUGCGAGUUGAGAUGGAAGCUAAACUACAAGCUGAAAGAACUCAAAUGCAGGUUCAAAUGCAAGCUCAAAUUGCAAGUUUGAUGGAUGAGUUGCGUCGCAAUGGCAUGUUAUCCAAUCCAAGUACUCAAGCUCAACAUUCGGCUAAUUCAAAUGAUGAAACCUUAGGAGAUGAUUAG